CUAUCUGUAGCGGUUUGUUAACCCACAUUAGACAAGUAGUCUUUUCCACCGUCUAUGCUCAGUUCCUGAUUGAUGCUUCAGUUCAUUUACUUUACAACCAUUUGAGGGUGUUUUGACCGUGUGCAGACCAUAGAUUACACAGAUCACAGUGUUUUGACCUUGUGUAGACCAUAGAUUACACAGAUCACAUUUGUAGCAGGAGUGCUAUGGAAAAAUGCAGACUGUCUGCCGUUUUGCUGCUGGCACACAUUGGCCUCUCUUCAGUAGUGUUGGAAGCUCAGGUCAGUGUUGAACCACAGGUGACAGGGUACCAGGGUAAUGAUGUCACACUGCGUUGUAAGUUGCUCCAGGGCACUCUCAUUCAGGCUGAGUGGCAGUGGGAGAUGUCAGAUACUAAAAAGUUUUCCAUAGCUGUCUUUAACCCUAACUUAGGGCAAAACAUUUCUGGGUCACCUCUAAAAGGGAGGUUGGAGUUCGCUGGAGCUUCCACCAGUGAUUCCUCUAUUACUAUAAAAGAUGUGGAGAUGACUGAUGCAGGGAAAUACAUCUGUCUCCUGACAGUCUUCCCCAGCGGCUCAUUUGACAGAACAACCAUCCUCACUGUACUGAAUCAGAUUCCACCUCCAUCAUCUGGCGAGGUUGUGGGAAUUGUUACCGCAGCCCUCCUGGUAACAGUUGUCGUGACAGCCACAGCUUACCUCAUCAUUGUCAGGAAGAGGCACAAGGCUUUAUUCAACCCCUCUGUCAGCAUUGCAAGCAGCCUGGUGGUCAAUGCAGACAGGACAGGAAGACAAGAGGACCUGGUUUAUUCUGAGAUCGUCAGAUUCAACAUUGACAAGAGGAAAGCACACGACCCAUCUGGAGAAGACCAGAAAGAUGCAGAUGUCAAGCCAGCUGAGGAUGUCACCUACUCUGCAGUGGCAGUGGGAAACCAGCAUUCUUUAAGGGAAGACACAGUUUACUCUCAGGUGGUGAGAAAGGACUGGGACAUAGAUGAUGUAUGGACUGUCUAAGCACAAUAACAGUAAAGGGAUAACCAGACGUCCUUUAUAUUCACAUACAUUUAACUGAAGUUAUCUCUUGUUGGGGAAGUGACCUCCUUAUUAGACAAAGCCAUCUAGAUCCUACAGAAGGGCUAUGUGUGUGAAUACUGAACAAUUAUUGCCACCAACAGAAUGCUAUAUAUAUGGGGCAUACAACAAUCUCAGCUCUGUAGAUUUUGUUGCGAAGAGACAGAAUCAAUAGAUAAUUUAUUCUGGUAAUGCCCCUAUGUAGCUUGUUUCUGGUCACAGGUUCAGGAAUUGUUAAAAAAACAAACACAACAUGCACUUUGGAAAGCCACAGUCAGUCAAUAAAUAAUGUAAUAAUACUCGUAGGAAAGGUUUUCGUCUUUAGCUCACAAUCUGUGGAUAAUAACAUCACAACACAAUUGAAAAAUACAUGGCACAUGGAAACCAAAUGAGGGUGGUCUAUGGUGAUAGGUGGGAUGGGCCGAGAGUGGCUGAGGGUUGGGAUUAAAGAGCUGAGGUCUAUGGUGAUAGGUGGGAUGGGCUGAGAGUGGCUGAGGGUUGAGAUUAAAGAGCUGAGGUCUAUGGUGAUAGGUGGGAUGGGCUGAGAGUGGCUGAGGGGUGGGAUUAAAGAGCUGAGGUCUAUGGUGAUAGGUGGGAUGGGCUGAGAGUGGCAGAGGGGUGGGAUUAAAGAGCUGAGGUCUAUGGUGAUAGGUGGGAUGGGCCGAGAGUGGCUGAGGGGUGGGAUUAAAGAGCUGAGGUCUAUGGUGAUAGGUGGGAUGGGCCGAGAGUGGCUGAGGGUUGGGAUUAAAGAGCUGAGGUCUAUGGUGAUAGGUGGGAUGGGCCGAGAGUGGCUGAGGGGUGGGAUUAAAGAGCUGAGGUCUAUGGUGAUAGGUGGGAUGGGCUGAGAGUGGCAGAGGGGUGGGAUUAAAGAGCUGAGGUCUAUGGUGAUAGGUGGGAUGGGCUGAGAGUGGCUGAGGGUUGAGAUUAAAGAGCUGAGGUCUAUGGUGAUAGGUGGGAUGGGCUGAGAGUGGCUGAGGGGUGGGAUUAAAGAGCUGAGGUCUAUGGUGAUAGGUGGGAUGGGCUGAGAGUGGCUGAGGGGUGGGAUUAAAGAGCUGAGGUCUAUGGUGAUAGGUGGGAUGGGCUGAGAGUGGCUGAGGGGUGGGAUUAAAGAGCUGAGGUCUAUGGUGAUAGGUGGGAUGGGCCGAGAGUGGCUGAGGGGUGGGAUUAAAGAGCUGAGGUCUAUGGUGAUAGGUGGGAUGGGCUGAGAGUGGCUGAGGGGUGGGAUUAAAGAGCUGAGGUCUAUGGUGAUAGGUGGGAUGGGCUGAGAGUGGCUGAGGGGUGGGAUUAAAGAGCUGAGGUCUAUGGUGAUAGGUGGGAUGGGCUGAGGGUUUGGAUUAAGUUUAUGUUUGGCAAUGUAUUAUUCUUUUGUGACUGUUUUAUGUAAAUGUGCCAUGUACAGUUGAAGUCAGAAGUUUACAUACACAUAGGUUGGAGUCAUUAAAACUCGUUUUUCAACCACUCCACAAAUUUCUUGUUAACAAACUAUAGUUUUGGCAAGUCGGUUAGGACUUCUACUUUGUUCAUGACACAAGUCAUUUUUCUAACAAUUGUUUACAGACAGAUUAUAUCACAAUUCCAGUGGGUCAGAAGUUUACAUACACUAAGUUUACUGUACCUUUAAACAGCUUGGAAAAUUCCAGAAAAUUAUUUAAUGGCUUUAGAAGCUUUUGAAGGGUUAAAAGACAUAAUUUGAGUCAAAUGGAGGUGUAUCUGUGGAUGUAUUUCAAGGCCUACCUUCAAACUCAGUGCCUCUUUGCUUGACAAGAUGGGAAAAUAAAAAGAAAUCAGCCAAGACCUCAGGAAAACAAUUGUAGACCUCCACAAGUCUGGUUCAUUUUUGGGAGCAAUUUCCAAAUGCCUGAAGGUACCCCGUUCAUCUGUACAAACAAUAGUAUGCAAGUAUAAACACCAUGGGACCACGCAGUCAUUAUACCGCUCAGGAAGGAGAUGCCGUCUGUCUCCUAGAGAUGAACAUACUUUAGUACGAAAAGUGCAAAUCAAUCUAAGAACAAUAGCAAAGGACCUUGUGUAGGAAAAAGGUACAAAAGUAUCUAUAUCCACAGUAAAUGAGUCCUAUAUCAACAUAACCUAAAAGGCCGCUCAGCAAGGAAGAAGCCACUGCUCUAAAACAGCCAUAAAAAAGACAGACUAUGGUUUGCAACUGCACAUGGGGACAAAGAUCAUACUUUUUGGAGAAAUGUCCUCUGGUCUGAUGAAACAAAAAUAGAACUGUUUGGCCAUAAUGACCAUCAUUAUGUUUGGAGGAAAAAGGGGGAGUCUUGCAAGCCAAAGAACACCAUCCCAACCGUGAAGCACGGGGGUGGCAGCAUCAUGUUGUGUGGGUGCUUUGCUGCCGGAGAGACGGGUGCACUUCACAAAAUAGAUGGAAUCAUGAGGACGGAAAAUUAUGUGAAUAUAUUGAAGCGACAUCUCAAGACAUCAGUCAGGAAGUUAAAGCUUGGUCGCAAAUGGGUCUUCCAACUGGACAAUGACCUCAAGCAUACUUCCAAAGUUGUGGCAAAAUGGCUUAAGGACAACAAAGUCAAGGUAUUGGAGUGGCCAUCACAGAGCCCUGACCUCAACCUAAGGACAAUUUGUGGUCAAAACUGAAAAAGCGUGUGCGAGCCUACAAACCUGAUUCAGUUACACCAGCUCUGUCAGGAGGAAUAGGCCAACAUUCACCCAACUUAUUGUGGGAAGCUUGUGGAAGGCUACCCAAAAUGUUUGACCCAAGUUAAACUACUUAAAGGCAAUGCUACCAAAUACUAAUUGAGUGUAUGUAAACUUCUGACCCACUGGGAAUGUGAUGAAAGAAAUAAAAGCUGAAAUGAAUCUUUCUCUCUAUUAUUAUUCUGACAUUUCACAUUCUUAAAAUAAAGUGGUGAUCCUAACUGACCUAAGACAGGGCAUUUUUACUAGGAUUAAAUGUCAGGUUUAAAUGUAUUUGGCAUAUGUAUGUGUAUGCAAACUUCCGACUUCAACUGUAUGUAAAAUGUAUAUGUAAAAUGUAUGUAUAUGUAGUAAAAAAGCUGUAAAUGAUAUUAUAUUUGUCCUCUGAAUAGGGGUGUGGUGGAAGGAUUAAUAAAACAUUUUUUUAAAGUGUC